UAUGUGAUUAUUAAAAAGUUUCUGCAUUAAUUGUACACAUGUUUGCAUUAUUGAAAAAAAGGAAUAUGAUAUUAAGGAGGUACUCUACAUCGUCAUGAUGACUGACUUCCUUUUAGAACAUGGAUGAAAAUAUGAAUAUCAGCAAUAUUUGUUUAUUCAUUAAAACUACCAUUGCCUAGCUGAGUAGCUCAGUAGGUUAGCACGUCUACUGCUGAAAUGUAGAUCGCGGGUUCGAGUCCAGCAUGGGGUUUUAAUUAUUUUUUUUUCCAGAUAGCUUCUGCUAAAUCUGCAUUUUUUUUUUUACUAAAUUAUGUAAAUUUGAAAGUUUUCAUUUUCAAAAUAUUGUUGUAUAUAUCCUCCACUUUUCAUCCAUACCAAAUUUCUCUGGUGUAGCAUACUUCCUUAAAUAAAUGAUGGCUUUGGAUCAAUGAAACGAUAAAAAUUAUACGAACGACUUAACAGGUUCCUGCGUCAUUUGUCAUAAUUUGGAAACGUCACAUCCGUAAAAUUAGAAAUAUUGGUCAAUCGGCAGCCCAGUGACAGAUUGUUGUGAUUCUAAAUAUGGUUUUGCAAUGAACCCUUAAAAGGUUAGCUUCCCCUUGAGAGAUGAAUGGUAUGAAUACCUCCGCCCCAUCAACCACCACAACACUGAGUAGCACCACCACUAAUCAAUCCGUUCUCAGCAGCACCACUCCAUUUCUGCCUGCCACCACCAACAGCUCCGGCAGUGCACACAAUGGAAGCCUGGUUCAUCAGCCUCUCAUAUUUCUACAGACUGCUGCAGCCCAGGGCAUUGGUGGUGCCUUCGCUUUCCUGGCCCUCAUCAUAACAGUUCAUCAGAUCUACCUCCACCUGCGAUACUACACCUGUCCCAACGAGCAGCGCUGGAUUAUUCGAAUUCUUUUUAUUGUCCCGAUUUACUCGUUUGAUUCAUUCCUGAGUCUGAUGUUCUUUAACAAUGACAACUACUACGUGUAUUUUGACAGUGUGAGGGACUGUUACGAAGCAUUUGUAAUCUACAGUUUUCUGAGUUUGUGCUAUGAAUAUCUCGGCGGAGAAAGUUCCAUCAUGUCAGAAAUCAGAGGGAAACCCAUCAAGUCCAGCUGGAUUUGGUGUACCUGCUGCCUUGCUGGUCGACAGUAUACAAUUGGCUUCCUCCGAUUCUGUAAACAGGCAACUCUUCAAUUCUGCAUUGUUAAGCCGGUCAUGGCCACAAUCACGUUGAUUUUACAAGCCUUUGGACUCUACAAGGAUGGCAACUUCUCGCCGUCCUCGGGCUUUCUGUACAUCACGCUUAUAUACAAUGUGUCGGUCAGUCUGGCCCUGUAUGCUCUGUUUUUGUUUUACUUUGCCACAAGAGAACUGUUGAGCCCUUACGACCCUGUCUGGAAGUUUCUUACAGUGAAGUCCGUCAUUUUCCUGUCAUUCUGGCAAGGUAUUGUGCUGGCUAUCCUUGAGAAGGCAGGUGCUAUUAGUCAAAUAUUCUCGGACAAUGGAACCAUGAAAGUGGGCCUAGGUACCGUCUCUGCGGGUUACCAGAACUUCUUCAUUUGCAUUGAGAUGUUCUUUGCGGCUCUGGCACUGCGCUUGGCUUUCCCGCAUUCCAUCUACAGUUCCGGACCAGCGAACACCACGGGAAGGACUGUGUCCCUGCAAAGUAUAUCCAGCAGUCUGAAAGAAACCAUGAAUCCUCGGGACAUUAUGCAAGAUGCAAUUCACAACUUCCACCCCAACUAUCAACAGUACACCCAGCAAGGAAGUAAAAUCCCGCAUGAGGAAGAGCAGGCAGAUGGCUGGCCGUACGAACAGUAUCAGAAUCGUCCCACGCACAAUGGCAAUGCCACCAGGGAUGUGUUGUCACGACCACUGCCCCAUCAACAACCAGAGGAAUCCCAAGGCCAAAGACCACAGCGCCCUCAUGUGGGCUCAACUAGUAGGAAAUUUAAUGAGAAGACAACUCUGUUGAGUUCUGAUGAUGAAUUUCAGUGAGUUGUGAAUGACGGAUAGUGUGUUACAAUCUUUUGUCUUUGUGACCAGCAUUGAUUAGAAGAGCAGACGAUAUACGUCUGCAUACAGUUUAUAAAACCCCAGAAGUAAGCUGAACUAAAGAUAUACUGCACUAAUUGAGGAACAGAUUUUCUCUCAAGAAUUUUAUCUAAAUACACCAUGUUAGCUUUACAAACAGUAGUGUAAAAUUUCAUACAAAUUUCCUUAAUCCUUUUUUGUUCGCCAUUAAUCUACCAAUUGCUGGUUUUCUUUAUUAUUCAACCUUUAAGAUUUACAAAUGUCAAUUUCAUUUCUACAGUGUAGGUCUAGAUUACUUCAGCAUAAUGUUAUUGAUUGACACCCUUCCCACCGUAAUCUUCAUGUGAAAAGAUAAAAUGUCAUUUGUAAAUAAUCUUUGAUUACAGUUGUUGGUUCAGGUAAUUGUACUAGUCUGUAAUGUGAAAAUAGUGACAGUUUUUUACUGAGCUUGUGGUUUUGAGUUCUAUUAUUGUGAUAAUUUUGGUCAUAUCAUUUUACAUGUUCACAGAGAGAUACUGUUAUAAUCAUACAUCGUAUAAUUCAGUAGCGGUUUACAUAACAGACACAUGGCAAUAUACCACUUCUGUUUGCUGUUAUUAUGAACACAAUGAAGAAUCUCACAAAAUGCGUAAUUUUUUUAGACUAAUAGUGUACAUGUACUAUAUAACAUAAUUUAACUCAUACGGAAGAACAAAUGUGGAGUGUGCACAGAUUUUGUCAAGUAUGAAAGUAUGUCAUGGUGUUUUGCAAUUGCAUUAAUACAUACAAAAUUUGAAGACGCACCUAUGUACUGCAUCAGUUACGAACCCAUCUCUCUGAUUAAGAUUUCAUUUUUGUUUUGAGAAACUUGAUCCUACUUUUUUUCUUUAAUUGAGUUGGUCACUUCAAUGUUUUUUAAAUAUGAAAAAGUGGUAUUUAACAUACUGAUGUCAUAGUACAAUUAUUUCUAUGCAGUUAUUACCUGUAAACUUCCCUACCCCCCAAAGUUUUUUUUUUUUUUGCUUUCACUUUUUUUUUGUAGAAGUGCUAUUUAUCAAAGUAACAUCUAACUCUAGGGAUUCUUCAUUCCUUGCUGCUGCGCCAAAAAAAGAAAUGUCUCAUUUCAUCAUUAUGGUUGUGUAAGAAAUAUUUGCAACUUUGCAGUUAUCUGUAAAAUAGUUUGCAAUUAGUAUAGUGUGCAAUAUGAUAUUUUUUAGACUUUGGUUUGUAAAGGUAUAGUUCAGAGAAAGUGCUACGUGUUGAUAUGAUAAGACUUUUGUAUGAGUGCUGAGUUAUCUCCCUUGAGAUGUCCGUGUCUGAGGUCUGAUGGGAAUACAGUGACAUAGAAAUGGCUUCUUGUACAUUUUUUGUAAAUUCUUCAGUUAAAACAUUGUAUCACUGUAUAUGUCCAAAUAUAUGUAUCCAAGGAAACAACCAUGCUUAUUGUAGACAUCUAUUAAACGUUUGCGUGCUGUAGGCUCUAUCUAAUUCACUAAGACUUGCAGUGGCAAAUCACGUAUACUAACUUCCUUUGGUUUGUGUACUAUAAUCAUGAAAAUCAGAGUGGAAAAUCGACUUUAAAGACUUAUGGCAUGUGACUACCAACGUAGAACAGCCUCGCGUGUCCUCCGGGAUGCAGAGAGGAUAUGUAAACUACUGAUGUAGAUGCAGUAUCGAGACCAAUUCUAACUUGAUAAUUCUGUGUUCAAGACAAUAUUAAUACGAUAGGCAAAAAUUCAUUCAUUGUUGAAUUCUAAUAUUAUUGACAGCAUUCUAAAAAAUAAAUGCAUUUUCACAUUUCAACAGAACCUUAAUGACCUUGAUAAAUGGAAGAAACCAGUACAGUCAACAUACAGUCUGGGGUUAUCAAAUAAUGAGAGAACUUUAUUCUAGAGAUUUACCUACUUAAAUAGUUCUUUUUUUAAUGAAUUAUUUUUUAUGUAUUUUUUGUGCAAUACUACAUAUGUACAACAAACAUCUGUGAAAUGCUGUGAGGUUAUAUUUUGUUUCUUCAAAUGCAUGGAAAAUAUUUUCAUGAAAUGUACAAAGACUGAAUUUUAGCAGAAUAGGCAUCUGACAGAAAUUGAGUGGGAGGGGGCAUUUCCUUGUAAAAAGUGGUGAUUUUUUUUUUAGCAUUGAUCAGGGGUAAAACAAGUUUUUGAACCAAAAAAAAUGGUGGAUUCAAAAGUUGUGGCAUUUCACCGAGUUAUAAUUCCAUCACCUUAUAUUUUUUACUUACAUUAUAAUUGAGUGUAUGAACAAAGCCUCAUUUAUUUUCAUAAUUUAUCUGCCUUAUUUCUUUUUUUUUUUUUUUAUUGCUCAAAAAAGCUUUUUUCUCAGAUAUUGGGAUAAAAGUGAUAGUUUGAGAGGGAUAUCACAGGGACCAAUUUAAACCAUGUCAAAAUUGGAUACAUUUCAAAACUUUUCCAAAAUGGGGAAGUACUAUCAAUUUUAAAAUUAAUGCAUGGGGUAAUUUACGCUUAUUACAAAUUUAAAUAUUCCUUUCAUAUCUUGUAUUUUGUAGAGGAAUAUGUAGACUUUGUAAAAGUUACACCCAUAGCACAAGAUGUACUCUAUGCAUCAUUAACAAAACACAGAAAUUUUCACAUUUACAGGUCUAAAAUGCUUUUUCAGACCAAGAAUUUUCCUAUUUGAUUUUGCUAUUGUAGAUAUUAUUAUGAAUGACAUCUAGAUUUGUUGCGUCAUACAAUGGAUUUCUUGAUGACAACUUAAUUCUCUUUAUUACACUCAAGGAAUUUGAAGUUAGACCAUGUGUAUCAUAAAUUUAUUUUUAUAAUUGUUUUAUUUUUUACAUAUCUUAGAAAUACAUUGUACUUUGAUUCAUUUCUGGGUACUAUUUUGGUGAUAUGUUUAAUGCUUGUAAUAGAUAUUUUACGUUUAGCGAGUUUAAUCAUCUACUGAAGUUUGGUUGUAGAAGCUUGUUAUCCCUUCACAAUUCUUUGUAUUGGGCUCAUUUGUAAGUGGGUGAGCAUGUGUGUGAGUAUAUUUGUGUAAUACUGAGCUCCAUUUUAAAACAAAUCAAACACUCCGCAUUCACUAUAGUAAACUUAUUUACAUACAUGAAAUCUUGAGAUGCUCACCUCUAUAUGACAUUUUGUGAUUUUUUCUCACAUUCUAUAAAGACACCCUUUUCUUGGCCAUCUUUGUACUGGAAGACCAGUGUACCACAUAUUUCAGUUGUAGACCUGUGACAUUGUGUUCCAACCUUUAAUUCUUUAAUUGUACGAUGGUUACUACAGUUGAUGAUUGCACUCGCUGAUUAAAUAUUUGUCUCACUCACACAAUAUCAUAUUAGCUACAUAGUUGACACUUCAUUCAUCAAUGGUAUGAGGCAGUUGUUGCUAUAAUGCUUCUGCUAGUUGUAUCCUGCAAUGCUACAAUCAAGCUGCUAGUUGUUGCAUGCUGCUAUGCUACAAUCAAGCAGCUAGUCAUAGCCCCCGUGAACGAAGUUUAUGGGGGUAUACUGGAAUCACCAUGUCCGUCUGUCCUUGGACAUAAUUUGUCCAGAGGAUAUCUUUAACACCUACAAACAGAUUUGAUGAAAAUUGUAUAUCUUAUAUGAAUAAUGAAGUUGUGCACUUGCUAUUUUGAUUGAGAUCAUUUAACAUUCAAGGAAGUUAUGGAUAUUUUUUCCAGUUUGAGGGAUGUUGUCAUUGUUCAGAGUAUAUCUUAAAAACCAAUUAACAGAUUUGAUUCAAACUUUGUGUAUAUAUUAUGUAUAUAAGUUGUGCACUUGUCAUUUGACUUUUCCUUUUCAAUUCAAAAGCCUUGCCGAGUAGCUCAGCAUACCGACUGCUGAAAUGCAGGUCACAGGUUCGAGUCCAGCAGGGGUUUUAAAUUUUUUUCAGAUUAUCUUUUACUAAAACGUCAUUUUUUGACAAAAUAAAGUAAAUUUGAAAAAUUUCAACUUCAAAAUAUUGUUGUACAUAUCCUCCACUUUUCAUCUACAUCAAAAUUCUCUGGUGUAGCAUACCUCCUCAAGUAGUUUUCUUUUACAUUUUGUAAUGAUUUGUUCUUUCACAGAGACUACUGCAUUAGUUUAGGAGAGGGUAUAAUGGAGUCAUCAGUCCAUUUGUCUGUCUGCCUGUGGAUGAUUUUGUUGAUAAAUGAUAAGAUGUGUCCUUCACUGGCUUCUUGGUGUCAGAAGGAUGUGUUUAAUCUUCAAUGAGCACAAAUUCACUAUUUCCCACCAUUCAUUGUGUCCUGCGGGGGGUAUUGGUCCUGUUAGGACAGUUCUAGUUGUUGCAUGCUGUAGUGUAACAGUAAAGUUGCUAGUUGUUGCAUGCUGUAGUGCAACAAUUAAGUUGCUUGUUGUUGCAUGCUGUAGUGCAACAAUCAAGUUGCUAGUUGUUGCAUGCUGUAGUGCAACAAUCAAGUUGCUAGUUGUUGCAUGCUGUAGUGCAACAAUCAAGAUGCUAGUUGUUGCAUGCUGUAGUGCAACAAUCAAGAUGCUAGUUGUUGCAUGCUGCAAUGCAACCAUGCAGCUGCUUACCAUCAUGAUUUGGAUUAUUUGUGUAGAAAACUUGUACAUGACGGAAUAAGUUGCAUUUUUAUGAUUCCGUAUCGUUUUAAAGGUGAGGACCCAAUAUUUCGAUUACUGUGGCUAUGUGGUUGGCAUGGUUAGAAGAUUUUACUGACACAACAAGGACAACAUGUUCGGAUCAGGCUUUUAUUGCCGUUAGUUUAUGACAUUCUAGUUGUGUAGCUUAGAACAUAUCUGUUGAUAUUUAUUUGUGCCAUGUUGUCCUGUGCGUGUGAUAAUAAAAUAUUAAACACAA